AUGGAUUUGGAACUGUUGAAGAAAGGUUUAGACUAUACGAAGAGAAAGAAAAAGUGGAUUCUUGUUUUUGGAGCAUUAGGAUUCACUAGUUAUAGGAUUUACAACUCGCCUUCUGUUGUGAAAAAGAGGAAAAGAUUGUUGAAACUUUUAGGUGCAUUAGUUUCUGUAGCAGAGAUGGUAUCUGAUUCAGCAGAGACGAUUGGGAUUAUUUCGAAUGAUUUUAAAGAGUUCAUACAAUCAGAUUCCAAUCGAAUUCCCAAUAGUUUGAAGCAAAUAUCCAAGAUCACUCGGUCCGAUGAGUUUUCUCACUCGGUAAAUAGUAUCACAAAGGCUUUGACAGUGGGAAUUCUGCGAGGCUACAAGUCUGAAGCAAUGCAAAAUGAUGCUUCUGUGAGUGAGAGUUCGGGUUUCUCUGAGCGGGUUAUGAAUAAAUUGUUUUCGGAUUCAGGGUCUGGUUUUGCUUCUGUAGUUGUUGGGAGUUUUGCAAGAAAUUUGGUAAUGGCAUUUUAUUCGGAUAGACAACACAAGACAGGAUCGAAUUUGGAUGGUUUUGUAAAUCUUGAUAAUCUUUCGAUGGAGCCAGAUUAUCAGUCUAUUUCGAGGUGGAUUGAAGUGGCUAACGAGGACAAGUGUCGAGAGCUAAUUGGAUAUUGCAUACAAUUAUUUGUGAGCACUGCUGUUAGUGUUUACUUGGAGAAAACUAUGCAUAUAAACACUUACGAUGAAAUCUUUUCUGGAUUGACUAAUCCUAAGCAUGAAUCUGAAGUAAAAGACACGCUGGUAACUGUAUGCAAUGGUGCUAUAGAAACUUUAAUCCAAACUUCUCACCAAGUGUGGACUAAAAGCUCCUUUACUGAUUCAAAUUUGAGCCCCCCAUACUGGAAAGUUGAUUUUGGAGAUAGUUUUCCUGGAGAUGAUAAAGUCGAGAAAGGGACAAAAAUAAUCUCAACCACAAUAAAGGCAAGAAAAUUGAUCGAUGAUCAGAAUCAAGAUGGUGGAUGGAGGAGUAAGAUUUCUUCUACUUUGGCAGUGCCAAGCAAUAGGAAGUUUGUUCUUGAUAUGACUGGGAAGGUGACAUUCGAAACAGUUAGAUCGUUUCUCGAGAUUUUACUCGAGAAACUGUCAGAGUGCACGAAGAGAAGCGUUGAUGUUGUCCACCAGGAGGUCGUUGAUCGAGGAAUUAAUACUAUGAGAUAUGUGAGUGGCAAAUCUUCUACCGUUGCUACUGUAUGUCUUACUUUGUGUUUGCACAUAUUGAAUGGACCUUGGAUUUUGGCUCCAUACUGA